CGCACGCACACUCCCAGAGUUAAGAUGCUCUAUCUCCGUCUCCGUGGCAAGGUCCAGCAAAUUCCGGGAGACUUGAGCCCAAGACUGUGAAAUGACUAUUCAUGGGCACUUCGCAGCAAUCGCCAAGAUACCUUUCGUCUGCCACGCAGUUGGUCUAGGAAAACUGAGAUUGGAAGAAGGAAGCCCCUCACUCUUGUCUCCCUCCUUCCUCUUCUUCCUCCUCCUCCUCCUUCUCCUCCCCCUCUCCUGGAGCCUGUGUGCGCUCUGCACAGAGAAGGGGCCGCUAUAAGCAGUGCUGGCUCUGGGCGCGGUGUUGCCGCUCUGCUGUUGCUGCUACUGCUGCUGCUGUUGCUGCUGGAGCUGUUGCGGCGGGCAGGGGACUUCCUCGGGCUCCAGGGACUUCCCAAGUGGUGACUGCUGAACACGGACACAGAGACGCGCCUUGGUUCUGCCAGUCGGGAGUCGCGCCCUCAGAGUCCUCUUAGAACUACUGCUCAGCAGCUCCCCUCUUUGCAGCCCCGCCUCGCCCUGCUCUUCCAGAAAGUGGAGUGGAAUACUUGGGGGGGAGGCGGGGGAGGUUUGCCUACUGCUUUUUCAGCUGCUUUUUGCAAAGAAUUCCGCUGUUGCCGGGCGCUCUUCCAUCUGCUACCCGCCCUCCACUUUUUUUUUUUUUUUUAACCCCGUUUAUUUGGGUGUUACUGUAUCUUACUUGUACCUCCAGUCAAGAUGAGGAAAGGUCUGGAGGCGACAACGGCCCGCUGCGGAUUGGGACUGGGAUACUUGCUUCAGAUGUUGGUGUUACCUGCCCUAGCCAUCCUUAGUGCCAGCAGUCCGGGCUCCGCAGCCCAAGAUGAUGAUUUUUUCCAUGAGUUACCAGAAACUUUUCCAUCUGACCCUCCUGAGCCUCUGCCACAUUUCCUUAUUGAGCCUGAAGAAGCUUAUAUUGUGAAAAACAAGCCUGUGAACCUAUACUGUAAAGCCAGUCCUGCCACCCAGAUUUACUUCAAGUGCAAUAGUGAAUGGGUUCAUCAGAAGGACCAUAUUGUGGAUGAGAGAGUAGAUGAAACAUCUGGUCUCAUUGUCCGUGAAGUGAGCAUUGAGAUUUCCCGCCAACAAGUUGAAGAGCUCUUUGGGCCUGAAGAUUAUUGGUGCCAGUGUGUUGCCUGGAGUUCUGCGGGCACCACAAAGAGCCGGAAAGCCUAUGUACGCAUUGCAUAUCUUCGGAAGACUUUUGAACAAGAACCUUUAGGAAAGGAAGUGUCCUUGGAACAGGAAGUCCUGCUCCAGUGUCGCCCACCUGAAGGCAUACCCAUGGCUGAGGUGGAGUGGUUGAAAAAUGAAGAGGUAAUUGAUCCUGUUGAAGAUCGGAAUUUUUAUAUUACCAUUGACCACAACCUGAUUAUAAAACAGGCUCGUCUCUCAGAUACAGCAAAUUAUACAUGUGUUGCCAAAAACAUUGUCGCCAAGAGGAAAAGCACGACAGCAACUGUUAUAGUCUAUGUCAAUGGUGGCUGGUCUACUUGGACUGAAUGGUCUGUAUGUAACAGUCGAUGUGGAAGAGGUUAUCAGAAACGUACAAGAACCUGCACCAACCCAGCACCACUCAAUGGUGGUGCCUUUUGUGAAGGACAGAGUGUUCAGAAAAUAUCCUGUACAACAUUGUGUCCAGUGGAUGGCCGAUGGACAGCAUGGAGCAAAUGGUCAACCUGUGGAACAGAGUGUACACAUUGGCGCAGGAGAGAGUGCUCAGCACCAGCCCCCAAGAAUGGAGGCAAGGACUGCGAGGGGCUCGUUUUGCAAUCCAAGAACUGCACUGAUGGGCUCUGUAUGCAGACGGCUCCUGAUUCUGAUGAUGUUGCCCUCUACGUUGGUGUGGUGAUAGCAGUGAUCGUAUGCUUGGCCAUCUCUGUAAUCGUGGCUCUGUUCGUGUAUCGGAAGAACCAUAGGGACUUUGAGUCUGAUAUCAUUGAUUCUUCAGCCCUCAAUGGUGGAUUUCAGCCUGUGAACAUCAAGGCUGCAAGGCAAGAUCUCCUGGCGGUACCACCAGACCUUACAUCAGCUGCAGCCAUGUAUAGAGGCCCUGUCUAUGCUUUGCAUGAUGUCUCUGACAAAAUCCCAAUGACUAACUCACCAAUCCUCGAUCCUCUACCCAACCUAAAAAUCAAAGUGUACAAUACCUCAGGUGCUGUAACCCCACAGGAUGACUUAUCAGAUUUCACAGCCAAGCUGUCCCCACAAAUUACCCAGUCUCUGCUGGAAAGUGAGACUCUCAACUUGAAGAAUCAGAGCCUGGCUAGACAAACAGAUCCAUCCUGUACUGCUUUUGGGACUUUCAACUCUCUUGGGGGACAUCUCAUUGUCCCCAAUUCAGGAGUGAGUUUGCUGAUUCCUGCAGGGGCCAUUCCCCAAGGAAGAGUCUAUGAAAUGUAUGUGACUGUACACAGGAAAGAAAAUAUGAGGCCCCCAGUAGAAGACAAUCAGACACUUUUGACCCCAGUGGUGAGCUGUGGGCCUCCUGGAGCACUGCUGACUCGACCUGUCAUUCUUAGCAUGCAUCACUGUGCAGAGCCUGAAACAGAGGACUGGAAGAUCCAGCUGAAGACUCAGACCACACAGGGGCACUGGGAGGAUGUGGUAGUAGUUGGAGAGGAAAAUUUCACCACCCCUUGCUACAUUCAGCUGGACCUAGAAGCUUGCCACAUUCUCACAGAGACACUGAGCACAUAUGCUCUGGUUGGGCAAUCUACCACCAAAGCAGCAGCAAAGCGCCUAAAACUUGCCAUCUUUGGGCCAUUGUCUUGCUCAUCUUUGGAAUAUAGCAUCCGGGUCUACUGUCUAGAUGACACACAGGAUGCGCUUAAGGAAGUUCUGCAGUUGGAGAGACAGAUGGGAGGGCAACUCCUGGAAGAACCCAAGACCCUCCAUUUUAAAGGCAGCACCCAUAACCUGCGCUUAUCAAUUCAUGACAUAGCCCAUUCCCUCUGGAAGAGUAAACUGAUUGCUAAAUACCAGGAAAUUCCUUUUUACCAUAUCUGGAGUGGUUGUCAAAGAAAUCUCCAUUGUACCUUCACCUUGGAGAGAUUCAGCCUGACCACAGUGGAGUUAAUCUGCAAACUCUGCGUGCGGCAGGUAGAAGGAGAAGGCCAGAUCUUCCAGCUCUCCUGUACAGUGUCAGAGGAACCGACUGGCAUUGAUUUUCCCCUCCUGGACCCAGCAAGUACCAUCACCACCAUCACAGGACCCAAUGCUUUCAGUAUCCCUCUUCCUAUUAGACAGAAGCUCUGCAGCAGCCUUGAUGCCCCACAGACCAGAGGUCAUGAUUGGAGGAUGCUAGCCCACAAACUGAAACUGGAUAGAUACUUGAAUUAUUUUGCAACAAAAUCAAGUCCCACUGGAGUAAUCCUGGAUCUCUGGGAAGCUCAGAAUUUCCCAGAUGGGAACCUAAGCAUGCUGGCAGCGGUCUUGGAAGAAAUGGGAAGACAUGAAACAGUGGUGUCUUUGGCAGCAGAAGGGCAAUAUUAAACCAGUCUGGAACUGAAAAGGAAGAAGGAAAAUGCACAGGGAGUCUGAUGGCUGGCCUGCAGGCCAUGAUUUAGAAAGAAAAUACAAGCCAGAUCAGACUAAGGAACUUCACAGAGAGAUUUCAUUGAGAAAAACAACAACAACAACCACAAACAGCCAAUUUUCAUCCCCACUGUACUUGUACAAUUAUCACAGGAGUUAAGAGAAAAAUGUGUAAAGUUGUACCUUGAAUAUAGAAAUCAACCUAACUUUCCUCUUAAUUGGGUUGUGCACUGCAUGGUACAGGAUUUUACAGUUUCCUAGGAAACGCUUUUUAUUGCUAUCCAGAUAUAUUGGAUAAACUUUCUUAACAGAUCCAGUUUCUAUGAACAUUGUUUACACCAGAUUUGGACAGGGAUAAGGGCACUGUUCAUGGCUUUUCCUAUUUUUGUUUAGACCAUUUGAAGUGAAGCUGUGGACGUUUUGUUGUGUCUAUUUAAGUAUAGCAAUUUACAGAGAAACCACAGACUUUUGUUACAAAUCUUGUGCAUCAAUCAGGUGUCUAGGAUAAUCCUCCCAUUGUUGUUCUGUUUCCAAGGCUUUGUUGUAGAACCCAAGCCUAACCAUUUGUAUCUGGAAAGUGGAUAAUCUGAGUGGAAAGCAAGUAUGGUUAAGACUCCUUGUUCCUUGUGGGCUCUAUCAAAUCCCUUUUUGGAAUAAGGUGUAGACUCACAGGGAAGAUAGUGACUUCUUUCAAAUGACAAAAAAAGCCCCUCCUCACCAUGUAUGUGUUUUGUGAUAUGCAAUUUGGAGUGGUUUUAAAGUAUCAUUAUUAUAAUCAUUAUUAUUAAUUAUUAUUAUUAUUCUCUAUUAGCAUUUACCUUAGUACAAGGAUUUACGUUUAAUUAUUUCUGUUUUUGUCUACAGUGGCAAUAGGCAUUUGAGUGUUGAUUAGAUCUACCUGAACUUUCUCAAGCCUUCUCAGUCACUAUUAAGCCUUUUACCUCUCCCAAUCUCUCAAUCCCUGGAGCAUAGUAAUUAAUGUUUGCUUCUGGUUAUGUCUGAUCCUUUAGUCUGGUUAGAGACUGCUACCCACCAUGGUUGCUUAGCCCCUUAAGCAUUCUGGUUGGAGGCCAUUCCCAGCCUCUGGAAGAUGUUAGAAGGUAUUGUGCUGUGCUGUCUCCCCAAAGGUGGCUGAAAAGUUUGGUGGUUGUGCAGGUGAGAGGUGAGUUUUUUGUUCAUACUCUAAUGCUGAUGAGUUAUAUGAACCUGAACAAAUCACUCAACUUCCCUGAACCUCAGUUUCUGCAUCUGUAGGAUAUGAGUGAGUGACUGAAUUUGUUCCCUCAACUAAUUAAAUUAUCAUCUGUGAUUCAGUCAAUUAAUGGGUCUCACAGUCUAUCAGUCUUUUGCCUAUAAAUUACAUUCUCACCCUACAAGCACCCCAAUAUAAAAAAUUAUUCUAGUUUAAUAUAUUGCAUUUUAUUGGCUUUCCAGUCUUGAUUGAGUGUUAUUGGGAAACACAUUUUAACUACCAUAAGGA